GUAACGGCGCGGCAGGACCGCAAGGAGUGUAGCUGCUGCCUCAGCGGCGGCGAUGGAGCUUGCAGCUGCGGCUUCUAAAGAACCUUUUGAAACAGAUGGUCACCACGUUUAGAUAUUAGCAGUCCCGUAUGUGCAGGUCUGCGUUUGAAAAUGGCAGAGGGAAACAGCAAUGAAGAGGUGAUUCACUUGAACAACUUUCACUGCCAUCGGGGACAAGAUUAUCCAAAGAGAGAAGAUAGAAUCAUCAUAAAUCCCAGUAGCAGUCUGCUGGCCAGCCAGGAUGAGACAAAGUUGCCUAAAAUAGACUUUUUUGACUAUUCUAAAUUGACUCCUCUUGACCAGCGCUGCUUCAUCCAAGCUGCUGACCUCCUCAUGGCAGACUUCAAAAUGCUCAGUAGUCAGGACAUCAAGUGGGCGCUGCAUGAGCUCAAAGGACACUAUGCAAUCACCCGAAAGGCCUUUUCUGAUGCCAUGAAAAAAUGUCUGGAGCUAUCACCAGAAACCGGUGGAAAAAGGAAGAAGAGAAAAGAAAUGAACCAGUAUUCUUACAUCGAUUUCAAGUUUGAACAAGGUGACAUAAAAAUAGAAAAGAGGAUGUUCUGUCUUGAAAAUAAGCGACGACAUUGUAGGUCCUAUGACCGGCGUGCUCUCCUUCCAGCUGUGCAACAAGAGCAGGAGUUCUAUGAGCAGAAAAUCAAAGAGAUGGCAGAGGUAGGAAGAUGUGCUCUGGUCUUGGGGUGUGUUUCUGGGAUUCUGGUUUGCUCUUAGGGUUUAGUUAGUACAAAACUGUCUUUUAAGAUUUCCCUUUUCUUCAGAGUGGUGAAUUUGGAUAUAUGCAAAGUUUAUAAAAAGAAAAAACCUGGGUUUUGUCAUAAUACUUAUGUUUUUGGUUUCAUAAAUCAGAUUUAUGUUAGAAAAUUUUAAUUGGUGCUCUGUGUAUCUAUUUUACCUCCUCCACCAGCCUCAGUUCCAUUUCGCUCUUUAAUUUUUCUUAAUACAGUAUCAAAUGUGCAAGUCAGCUGGAAUGUAUAUAUUGAUUGUUUAAUAAGUAUCUUCUAAACCAGUGGCUCCCAAAGUGUGACCCAGAGAUCCCUGGGUUUCCCAAGACUCUCUUGGGGGUCUACGAGGUCAAACCUCUUAUAACUAUACUAAGACAUUACAGUGACCCUUGAACAACAUGAGAGUUAGGAGUGCUUCCCCCUGUGCAGUUGAAAGUCUGCAUAUAAUGUUUGAUUGCCCCAAAACUUCACUGUGAACAGCCUGCUGUUGACAGGAAGCCUUACCCAUAACAGUCGAUGAACACGUUUGGUAUGUUUUGUGUAUUACAUGCUGUAUUCUUACAAUAAGGUAAGCUAGAGAAAAGAAAAUGUUAUUAAGAAAAUGAUAAGGAAAAUAUAUUUAGUAUUCAUUAAAUGGUAGUGUGGGUCAGCAUGAGAAGGUCUUUAUCUUCAUGGUCUUCACGUUGAGUAGGCUGAGGAGGAGGGGUGUGCUGGUUUUGCUGUCUCAGGGGGCAGAAGCAGAAGAAAACAAGCACAUAAGUGGGUCCCCACAGUUCACACCUCUGUUGAUCAAGGUCAGCUGUAUUUGCUUUUUCACCAUAUUGAAUUUGUACCAGCAGAAGCAAAGCAGUGGUGCCUUGGCAUAAAUCAGACCAGUGGCAUAGAGCCAUCCUCAUAAUCUUUGUUUUCUUCACCACCAUGCGCUUACAUUUUUAAGACACACCAGUUUCACCUAAAAAUGUCUUUGAUAAAGCAGUAAAAAUUAUUUUACCAAAUUUUGACCCUUGAAAACAUCUUUUCAAUAUUCUGUGUAAUAAAAUGAAGUCUUCAUAAAGUGCUUCCGCCACAUCCCAGGAUAUGAAGCUUGUCUUAUAUCCAGGUAUGAGGAGAGUGCUUGUGCAAUUGAGACGCAAAGCAGCUGCAUUGGCCACUUUUUACUUGGAAAAAAGUGACAGAAAAACUGUGAUUAUUCAAAAUUAGGUAUUUGGCAGGCGUUUUCUCAAAAAUGAAUGAAGUGAUUAUUUUUGACCAAAAUUCUAGAUUUUAAGCAGAAAUUAGAAUUUAUUAUCUUAAUCUGUUACAGAAUAACAUUCAUUAAUAUCACCAAUCUUAUUAGAUUAAGUAUUUUUCCAUAAAAUAAGGAAAGAUAA